GACUCAACAUAGUUUUUUUCAUGUUUAAUUAAAAGUUCAGCAAAACAGCAAACACUCACUGCUUGUCACGCUUUCUGAUUCUCUCUUUUCUCGAGUUUAUAGAGUGUUACCUUUUUUAGUAGGUUGUGUGCUGUAAUAUUGUGAUUUCUCCCUCUUGAUGUAGGCAUUCAAAUGAAAGCUCACUGAUAUGGCUCCCCUAGUUUUCUCUUCAUAGCUCGCAUCUAGCUUCUUAUCAAUACUAAGAUGCGAUUCAACAAUUCCUGAUGCAAGAAUCAUUAUCUUGAAAUGGGGUCACUAUUGAGUCUUCUGUCACGAGAUGAAUCAAACUGCUGUUCUUAUCAGAAGUAUGAUGUAUUUCUGGAUUUUGAGAAUGCACAGCCAACGCCAGAUGAACGACUCGUGUAUAUGGAAGUGCAAUCUGUUCUAGAACAAUGUGAUAUAAUUUUAGAUGAAAUUCAAUGCUACAAAGGCGCUGGGAAAGAAAUUCGGGAAGCAAUAACAACGCCCACGGAAGAAUGUCAACUGCGAGCUUGGAAAACAGUGAUGCCUCUUGUUGCUAAGCUCAAACGGUUUUACCUUUUCUCAACAGACCUUGAGAGAAUUGUGCCCAUGAUCCUGGGUGAAUUAUGCAGUGGCAAUUCAACUCCAACCCAGCAUUUAGAUUCGCAACAAGCCUUAGUCAAACAGUUCGCGGAAAUUUUAGAAUUUGUCCUUAAAUUUGAUGAGUACAAAAUGAAAACACCUGCCAUUCAAAACGAUUUUAGUUAUUACCGAAGGACCAUAACAAGACAAAGAAUGUGUGACAAUGAAUUUUCACGACGUGAUGGGAAAGAAGUCAGUAAUGAAUUAGCAAAUCGUAUGUCUUUGUUUUAUGCACAUGCAACACCCAUGCUCAGAGCCCUCAGUGAUGCAACAUCAAAAUUUGUCUGCGAGAAUCCGGAAAUUCCGAUUGAGCAAACAACUGAAAUGCUGAGCACUAUGACCAAAGUUUGUCUUAGGAUGCUGGAAAAUCCGUCCCUGAUUUCUCAGUUUGAACGAGAAGAGACACGCCUAUUGGUACUGCGAGUUAUGGUCGGACUAGUAAUCCUUUAUGAUCAUGUUCAUCCUCAAGGGGUUUUUGUGAAGGGCAAUGGAGUUGAUGUGAAAGGCUGCAUUAAAUUGCUGAAAGAACAACCAUCCGUGCGCUCAGAAGGACUGCUCAAUGCCCUCAGGUAUACUACAAAGCAUUUCAAUGAAGAAAGUACUCCUAAGUAUGUUCGAAAUUUAUUGGCGGCAUGAUAAUGGAUGUGACUUAUUGAUUGCAAAGAUUUACCCUCAAGUAUUAAUUCUAUAUGGCAUCCGGAUUGAUUUAGUAUGACAUCCCUUAUUCUUAAUAACCAGUUCUCCUAAUCAGCGGUUGAUUUUCUCCGCAGAUUAUCAGGAGCAUCAACAGAAAGGAAGUAUAAAAAUAAUCUGCGGCAGGCAUGCAUGGCAUUAGUCAAAAUUACUCAUUUUAAAAUUUUUACUGCCACGUUUGCCUUCAAUCUAUUUAAAAAUGUAAGCCAGUUCUAGGACUUCAAUUUUUGAGUCAAGGAAGGCUGUCACCGCACAGAUUUAGUUCCACCUUUCAUUGCUCAACUUUACUGGAUAUACUCCAAUUUUUUGGAGCUGGAUUUUCUGAAAACCAGAAAAAUUUUCAGUUCUCUUAGAAUUUCUGAUUGUGUAGUGACAAAGUUCAGUUAGAUCAUUUCUAUCCUUAAUGCUGAUCUAUCAGUCACAAACCAAGCAAUGAAUUGGUCAUUUUCAAAUUUAAUGAAUUUAGCCAAACAGCCAGUCAAUAGUUGUUUCUCAUGGAGAUUCUGAACUAGAAAUCAAAGAAAUAAAACUUGUGAAUGGACUAGCUAUUGAUAUUGUCUGUACACUUUACCUGCGCUGCAUUACAAUAAUAAUUAAAAGCUACAUUUAUUUCCCUCUCUUUUGUGUAAUCUGCCAGCACCUUUAUUCGUGUUUUGGUGGUAAAAGAGAUUGCUAGAAAAGAUCAAAUUUGUUUGAGAUUUUUCUUGUGCUACCAUGGACAGACAUGACACCACAACCAAAAAAAUUUUACCAUAUUUCUAUCCUUAGCAACAGUAGUUUUGAAAUAUUCAGUACCUACUUUUUUUCUGUGAUCCAAAGAAGGGCUGACCUUGAUGGUGAAGCAAUUAAGGCAGUUUGAUGUCUUGUCGUAUUGUUGACGUUCCAUAUUCAAUUUCCGGUGGUGAUGGAUUUUGAGGACACUUAAAAGUCUCUCAUUAAGGCUGCAGAUGAUCAUUCAAGCCAACAUCCUGUUUGUUCCUUCGAGACAACAGAGCGGGUAGGGAUAUGGCCAGUUGACCAUCCAGCAGCAGUCAAUUUGCUUUGCUUGACAGUGUUGUAAUUAAAAAAUAGAUUAUUCCAGAUUGAACAAACAGUUCAACUGUGUUUGGGCAUGGCUGCGCUCAGAAAUAGGAAGACAGGUAGUGUCCGUCACGGUCGUUAAUACAACAUGUUGUCGGUUUAUUAGGCGGCCACUGAAUCUAGCGGUUUAAAAAUGGAAUUUGACAUUUUUAUGUCAGUUGAGGAAAAAGAUGAGGUACACAGUUCAACAGUAUCUUACAGUCCUCUGUUGAAAGGAGCCCCCGGCUCAGAAAUGGGUCAAAACUUGAGCCACUACUACAUACUAAGGAAAGCCAACCCUCUUAAUUGCAUAUGAUGUAAUCCUUAUAUCUUUUUACGAUCACAAGUAAUAUAACCAUUAUGUUCCUUCAUAAAAAUGUUUGGAAAUGACCCAUUAUUCCUUGAAAUUGUUUAAAUUUACUUCUCAUAUAUUUAAUUUAAUUGUAAAUAUACUUACGCAACAAAAUGUUUGAUUUUUGAAAAAUUUUAUGAAAAAUAUGACUGAUUAAUAUUAAUUUUAACUUAAUAUCCCAUGAGUCUGUUUCCUUAUCAAUAUUGUUGUCUUCUGAUCUUCAUUAUUCUUUCGGAAUCUACUUAAUGUUGCAUCUGUCUACUUAUUCUCUCUUCAUUGGUCAAACUUCACAAGUAGCCAGAUCUUGUUGCUGCCUUUGAAAAUUGUUUUCUUCAUUUUGUCCCCUUUGCCAUAUUUCCAUUGAUCUGUACCCCUAUUUUCCUUUUCUUUCUCUUGCGAUGAUGCAGUUUAUCUAUUCCAUUCAUACAUGACCAAAUAUUUUGUUUUCCAUUGAAUAGUAUGCUUUGGAAACAAUUUCACUUUUUCUUUUUUUAAGUUCAAAUUUUUACGCAAAAUAUCCCUCAGACUUUUGAUCCAAUUUUUUUGCAGAUUACAGAAAUAUUGUCGAUUUCUGACUGCAACUUAUGUUUUUCUACAAAUUGAUUCUCUAUGAAAGAAUGCUGUUUUUGAUCUGUAGCUCAGUUUCUUUCAUUUCCAGAGAAAUUUUCACUUUUAAAGUGGGCAUUUUUCGAAUGACUACAUCCAAUGGAAUUAAGUUCUUUUGGAAACUUAAUGGCUUCUUUUGUAAACUGCCCGUAACCUUUUUUGUUGUGUGAGCCAAGACACAAAAAUACCCCAAAAAAUUUCAUUUUUUUUCUCUCAUAUUUUUGUAAACAUUAUUCCAUUCUCAGAUGUGCUUGUCCAAUUAGUCACAUGUUAUUGAAUAAAAUGUUGUGGGCAAUUUUGAAACAGAGCAAUGAACGCAAAUUUUACCUCCAGAAAUCGAUCUGAUUACCAAGCAAUGAGCUUAAAAUCAAGCCAGCAGACCGUAUUCAUAUUCCAAUUUGCAACGAAGAGGUUUUUUCAAGCAGUGUAUUUCUUUUAGUAAAAAUUGAUUACGACCGUAAAUACAGGUACACCUCGUUGUUCAUCAAGUUGGAACCUUGAAAAUUUAGUUUAAAAUUUAUGCUAUUCGAGUACUGUCACAUUUAAAGUUCUCUCUGUGUUGACUCUGUUGCCUUGAAACCAUUAAAACUAUUGCUGCAAUGGUAUGUUUGGGUUUUUGAUUGAAAGAACCUUAAAAUAUGUAGUGCCAAGUUAACUAGUUUAAAAGAUCGUGUUGAAGAUUAGUUUUGGAAUCGUUUUGAGUCCUGAAGCAUUUAUUCUAUAAACUGUAAAAUAAUAUUCAUAUUUUUGAAAGUCUAACAGUAGUGUCAAUGAAAUAAUAGACCUGAAAUUCAAGACACACUACUGUAUUUUGUAUUUUUCUACAGAGACCCCAAAUUUAGCAAAUUUCAGUAAGAAAAAAUUAUCAAUAAGCCAUCAGAAGACAUUCGUAAAAUAGUAUUUUUAAUAGGUAGCCAAAAACCAUAGUCAUUGCAGUUAGUGUGAUCUGCAACUGUCAUUUAUGACUUUCUUGAUGCCUCCUAAUUUUUUUUUUACUUCUUCCCCUCUUUUUUCUUUCCUCUCUGGCCAUCACCAGGAGGCAUAAGGUAAUGCAAUUUUCAGAAAUUAUAUCCGUUUUAAUGAAGCCUCCAUGUGAAUUCAUUCCCUUAUGAGACAAUAGUAAAAUAUCAUCAUCCAUCAUGGAAGUAUUCACCAGUAUUCUCCUGUUAAAUUUGCACCAAACGGCAGUUAUGCUCCAACCAUUUGUGUUAUGUGCUAGAAAUCCAAUGAUUCUAAUCUCAUGUAUCACACUUUAGAGUUAUGUUGUAGGAAUCUAAUUAUUCUAAUUUCAUAAUGUUGAACUAGUAAUUCAUUUUGAACUUGUGUCAAAGUGGAAAAAAAAGACAUUAGACAAGAAUACUUGUCUUUUUUGCUCAAUAGGUUUAAUUGAAAGUAGCAAUGAUUCUGAAAACGUCAUACGCUCAGAACGAAUUCACGCACAAACAGCCUCUAGCCAUUAUUUUCUGGCUCAUAAAUAGUAUCAAUAAAAAAAAGCCUCAGAAUUCUUUUCAUUACUUUUUACAGUUAGUUUUCAUUUAAAUAUAACAAAUCCAUUUUCUGACUGAUCAAUUGUGUGUCUUAAUAAAAAAGGCAUUUGAUUACGCACAUUUCAUUAAGAUUUCACUAGACUUUAUUUCUGACAGCUAGCUCCCAUGGCUUUGUUUUCAUUUUCCAUCAAAUAAUUUUAUAGUUUACCCUUCCAAAAUGUUUCUAUGUCCAGUCACUAUUUACAAUUUUUGCAGCAAUCCACUUAAUUUUCUUUCCUUCUCCUCUAUUUUAACUCCAGCCACACCAAAUUUCAUUCCACAAAUGGCCUUUACUUGAUUUCACUGCCCGAAGUAUAGGAAUUCAAAUUUUUUCUGGAUCCUGAUGAAUAAGAAUAUUAUUGUUAUAAUUUAUGUAUAUGCAUAUAAUAAUGAUUUAUCACUGCAAUCCUUGUUAUGUAAAUUUUUUAAUUGUUUAGAGAAUUACUAAUUUUUUGUACAGAAAAAUUUUAUCUGCUGAAAUUACAAUUUAUAAAGUAAGCUUGACUCUGAUAAGUUCAAGUAAUAGUUAUUCCGUUUUGAAAAUAUUCAAUGUGAAGCCCUCUAGUCUAAAUUGGUUUCUUUUUCUUUUCCCAGAUUCUGCUUCUAUUUUAAAUAAAAAUAAUUACAUACCA